AUGGAUUUUGAUGACGAUGCCCCGCCGGAGCUGGUUGAGACCGCGCAGCGACUGCAGGAUGAAGAAGUAAAGGUCAAGGUGCCCAUCACCAUCGUGACAGGAUAUCUGGGCGCAGGCAAGACGACGCUGUUGAACUACAUUCUCACAGCACAACAUGGCAAGAGAAUCGCCGUCAUUAUGAAUGAAUUUGGAGACUCGCUCGACAUCGAAAAGUCCCUGACGGUCAACACGGGCGAUGAGAAAGUCGAGGAGUGGCUUGAAGUUGGCAACGGUUGCAUCUGCUGCUCGGUCAAGGACACGGGGGUCAACGCCAUCGAGUCACUCAUGGCGAAGAAGGGCGCCUUUGAUUACAUUCUCCUCGAAACGACCGGCCUCGCCGAUCCCGGCAACCUUGCACCGCUGUUCUGGGUCGACGACGGCUUGGGUAGCACCAUUUACCUUGACGGAAUUGUGACCUUGGUCGACGCAAAGAACAUUCUGCGCAGUCUUGAUGAUUCCAGCGGGAAAUCCGGGACGAAUGAGCAUCACGAUGACCAUGGCCCACUGAUGACAACGGCGCACUUGCAGAUCUCGCACGCCGACGUCAUCGUCCUCAACAAGUCUGACUUGGUGAGCGAUGAAGAGCUGAGACAAGUCACAGCGAGGAUCGAGUCCAUCAACGGACUCGCCAAGGUGCACGUGACAGAGAAGAGCGUCGUUCCUCAACUCGAGGGCUUCUUGCUCGAUCUGCAUGCCUACGACCAGGUCAAAGAGGCCGAGUUCGAAGUCAAGGGACAUAGCCACCUUGAUCCGACAAUAUCCACCAUAUCUAUCCCGGUUCCACGUCUUCGCCUAGAUCAGCUCGAGCAUGUCGACCGCUGGCUACGAUCCGUCCUUUGGGACAGCAAGAUUCCUCAUGCAGAUGAGGAGGGCGACUUUGAGAUUCAUCGAUGCAAGGGUCGCCUGAUAUUCCAGAAUGGCGACGUCAAAAUUUUGCAAGGUGUGAGAGAAAUAUUUGAACUUAUCGAUUCCCCAAAUGGUGAAGGGACGGAUGCCUUGGAGGGGAAGAUCAUCUUCAUCGGGAGGAAGGUGAAGGGUGUGGAUUUUGAGGCAAGUUUGCGGAGAGCGAUGGAAUAA